GGGGGAUGAGGAGGGAGUCCGCGGGCUGGUGGCGGGAGGCGGUCGGGCGGAGGCGGUGGCGGCGACGGCCGGUCCCGGGACAGCGACGCAGCGCACCGGCGGCCGCGACAGGGCCGAUCAGGCUCCGCAGCCCGCCGCAGCCGCCGCCUCGCCGCUGAGGGCCCGAGAACACGGCGGCGGGCGCGCGGCCUGUGAGGGCGGCCGGAGCGGCGGGCGCGGCGCGGCGCCGAGCGUCCUGUCAGGCUGCCGAGGGCGCCGCGGACCCGCGCCGCGAUGAUGCCGAUGAUAUUAACCGUGUUCUUGAGCAACAAUGAACAGAUUUUAACAGAAGUUCCUAUAACACCAGAGACAACAUGUCGAGAUGUCGUAGAAUUUUGCAAAGAACCUGGAGAAGGCAGUUGCCAUUUGGCGGAAGUGUGGAGGGGAAAUGAGCGUCCAAUACCCUUUGAUUAUAUGAUGUAUGAACAUCUUCAGAAGUGGGGGCCACGAAGGGAAGAAGUGAAAUUUUUUCUUCGACAUGAAGAUUCCCCAAUGGAGAGCAGUGAGCAAGGUGGCCGUCAGACCCAAGAGCAAAGAACUCAGAGAAAUGUAAUAAAUGUACCUGGAGAAAAACGCACUGAAAAUGGGGUUGGGAACCCACGUGUCGAACUCACCCUCUCAGAACUCCAGGACAUGGCAGCUAGGCAACAACAGCAAAUUGAGAACCAGCAGCAAAUGCUGGUCGCCAAGGAACAGCGUUUACAUUUUCUGAAGCAACAGGAGCGCCGUCAGCAGCAAUCUAUUUCUGAAAAUGAAAAGCUUCAGAAGUUGAAAGAACGAGUCGAAGCCCAGGAAAACAAGUUGAAGAAGAUCCGAGCCAUGAGAGGACAAGUGGACUACAGCAAAAUGAUGAACGGGAACCUGUCUGCAGAAAUAGAACGGUUCAGUGCCAUGUUCCAGGAAAAGAAGCAGGAAGUGCAGACUGCGAUUUUAAGAGUUGAUCAGCUCAGUCAACAACUGGAAGAUUUAAAGAAAGGAAAACUGAACGGGUUCCAGUCUUACAAUGGCAAGCUGACUGGGCCGGCUGCGGUGGAGUUGAAACGCCUGUACCAAGAACUACAGAUUCGUAACCAGCUGAACCAGGAACAGAAUUCAAAACUCCAGCAGCAGAAGGAGCUCUUAAAUAAGCGCAACAUGGAGGUGGCCAUGAUGGACACGCGGAUCAACGAGCUGCGUGAACGUCUUUACGGGAAAAAAAUUCAGCUGAGCCGUGUGAAUGGCACAUCGUCGCCGCAGUCACCCCUGAGCACGCCAGGCAGGGUGGCUGCAGUGGGGCCUUACAUCCAGGUUCCCAGCACCGGCAACUACCCUGUGCCCGGGGACCCCGUAAAGCCCCAGUCUCUCACCAUUGCCUCAAGUGCUGCCCAUGGAAGAUCCAAACCUGAUGGCCAUGGUCAUCCCCGAGCAGCCAGCCCGUGGACAGUGUCAGACCUUGACGUGGGGCCUGACUGCGGUUCGUCUCGGCCCUCUGCGCACCGGUUUGUAAACCCCAACGAUGGAAAUUGGCCAACACUGAAACAGAAUCCUAGCUCUUCAGUGAAAGCAAUGCAGGUUGCCGGUGUGGACUGGAAGGACCCUGGUGUGGAGGGGCCUCUCAAGCAGGGGGCCGUCUCCAGCCAGCCUGUGCCCUUGUCAGCACUAGGAGCUGCGGAGAAGCUGGGCAUUGAGAUUGGUAAAGCGCCACCCCCCAUGCCUGGUGUCAGCAAGCAGCUGCCCCCAAGCUACGGGACGUACCCAAGUCCUGCACCUGUGGGCCCAGGGUCCACAAACUCCCUGGAGAGGAGGAAGGAGGGCAGCUUGCCCAGGCCCAGCGCAGGCUUGCCCAGUCGGCAGAAACCCACCCCGCUGCCUCCUGCGGGCAGCCCUCACCAGCCAGGUUCCUCACAGCAGAUUCAGCAGAGGAUUUCCGUGCCGCCAAGUCCCACGUACCCGCCAACGGGGCUGCCUGCAUUUCCAGCUGGAGACGGCAAACCUGAACUCCCACUGACAGUGGCCAUUAGGCCCUUUCUGGCUGAUAAAGGAUCAAGGCCACAGUCCCCCAGGAAGGGACCCCAGACAGUGAAUUCAAGUUCCAUAUACUCCGUGUACCUCCAGCAAGCCACACCGCCCAAGAAUUACCAGCCAGCGGCGCACAGCGCCUUCAAUAAGUCGGUUAAAGCAGUGUACGGGAAACCUGUCUUACCGUCCGGCUCCACAUCCCCGUCCCCGUUACCAUUUCUUCACGGGUCACUGGCCACAAGCGCCUCGCAGCCACAGCCUCCAGAAAGCACCGAGAAGGAGGCCGAGCAGGACGGCCCCGCCCCGCCUGGGGACGGCACGGGCGCCGUGGAGAGCCUGCCGCGGCCACUCAGCCCCACCAAGCUCACGCCCAUCGUGCACUCGCCGCUGCGCUACCAGAGCGACGCCGACCUAGAGGCCCUGCGCAGGAAGCUGGCCAACGCGCCGCGGCCCCUGAAGAAGCGCAGCUCCAUCACGGAGCCCGAGGGCCCCAGCGGGCCCAACAUCCAGAAGCUGCUGUACCAGCGCUUCAACACCCUGGCCGGCGGCAUGGAGGGCGCCCCUUUCUACCAGCCCAGCCCCUCGCAGGACUUCAUGGGCACCUUAGCCGACGUGGACAAUGGGAACACCAACGCCAACGGGAACCUGGGGGAGGCUGGCCCCGCCCCGCCCACGGCCCCGCUGCCCGCUGAGCCCACCCCCGCCUCCGAUGCCAACGACAACAAGCUGCCUUCCCCCGAGCCAGGGGGGCCCCUUUGUCCCGUGAACACCCACCAGGCCCCCGAGCCCGCCGAGGACGACAACAACAAUGUGGCCACGACCCCGUCCACAGACCAGCUCCCCAGCCCCGGGGCCGAGGCCCCCUCUCCAGGGCAGGAGCAGGUGGCCCUGCCACUGGCCCCCACCGUGCCCCCAACGGCGGCCUUGACGAACAAACGGACCAACCUGAAGAAGCCUAACUCGGAGCGGACAGGGCACGGGCUGAGGGUCCGGUUCAGCCCCCUGGCGCUGCUCCUGGAUGCCUCUCUGGAAGGAGAGUUCGACCUGGUGCAGAGGGUCAUCUACGAGGUGGAGGACCCCAGCCAGCCCAAUGACGAGGGCAUCACCCCACUGCACAACGCCGUCUGCGCCGGCCACCACCACAUUGUCAAGUUCCUGCUGGACUUCGGGGUUAAUGUGAAUGCUGCUGACAGUGACGGCUGGACCCCGCUGCACUGCGCCGCCUCCUGCAACAGCGUGCACCUCUGCAAGCAGCUGGUGGAGAGUGGCGCCGCCAUUUUUGCCUCAACCAUCAGUGACGUUGAGACAGCCGCGGACAAGUGCGAAGAGAUGGAGGAAGGCUACAUCCAGUGUUCCCAGUUUCUGUAUGGGGUGCAGGAGAAGUUGGGUGUGAUGAACAAAGGUGUGGUGUACGCCCUGUGGGCUUACGAGGCCCAGAACAGUGACGAGCUGUCCUUCCACGAAGGCGACGCGCUCACCAUCCUGAGGCGCAAGGAUGAGAGCGAGACCGAGUGGUGGUGGGCCCGCCUGGGGGACCGGGAGGGCUACGUGCCCAAAAACCUGCUGGGGUUGUACCCACGGAUCAAACCCCGACAGCGAACACUGGCCUGAAUGUCCCUCCAGAGCACCGCCCAGACUUGCCGGCGAACAGGAGCCACCCAGGAGAUUUCUCCACUUCCCUGGGAAAGCUGAAGCUAGGAGCGGUUUUACUGGUGCUCACUUUAGCAGACGGCGUCCACAAUGUGAAACCCCGGCAGUUUCUAGGUGAGGCCCUUUCUCCAGCUCACCCACACCGGGAGGGGUACUUUCACCUCCGAAGAAGACUGAAUUUUGCCAAUUACUGUAAAUCCAAAUAAAUACCCAGCUUUCUCAACCACCACCCUUGUUGCCAGAAAGCAGCCCUACAGUUAAGCGCUGGCUGGUGGCCAGUGAAGACCGAUGCUCUGCUCGACUUGGGCGCACGGCUGCCCCUCAGUCCCAUGUCACUCAGCCCACAGUGAACACUCCCAGCCACUGUGAGGUGUGUCCCCCUGCUGGAGCCCUGCCCACCUGUGGCCUGGAAACCACAGGAACCCAGUGUCCUUUUCUUCCUCACCUCGUGCGUUUCUUCCUAGCAUCACCAGAGGGGCCCGUGUGUGGAAACUCCCGUCCCAUGGUGGUGUCUGGUGUCCCGGCUCUGGGCCUCAAUCUGGGUCACCCAGGCCGCUGGUGCCGGGCUGGACUUCAUGCCAUGGGCACGAGGACCCUGAGGACGAGGUGACACACAGUCAGGGGUCUCAACGCAGCACUGCCUUCUCUGCAACCUCUUGCUGCCCAGGUGUGGUUCUGACGCCCUCCCAGGGUGGACGGGCCCUGCUGAGUGCAGUCUUGCCCUCGAGCCGGGGGGGUGGGUGGGCGUCGGGAGGGUGGCCCUGGGACAGGAGGGCAGGGCCCAGCCUCCCUGUCCGGGCGGCCAUGAUGCAAUAACAUUUGCCCCAGUUCUAGACUUAAAGCAAGUAAGGCACUUCCCUGAGAUCUGAACUGUACGUACAGGCUUUUAUAUACCAAGAGUAUUUUUUGACUAGACCACUCGAAGCUAUCAGAACCAUGUUGGAAAUGUUUUCUUCUCUCAUUAAAAUCCAGGCCCUUAGGCUUUAUUUUCCAUGUACGAGUCUUGUGUGUACUUUACGUACAAAUGUGUAGAGCCUUGCUGUAGUCAACCAGUUUGAAGCACUGAUUGUACCCAGCGGGGUGGUGAGGAACGGACACCCCACGGGCAGCCUCUGAGGAGCCGUGUCCACACGCACACAAUAAACCGCUGUCUCCCA